AUGUCUGACGAUGAAGACCAAGGAAGAGAGUACCUGAUCAAGUUUCUAGCUCUAGGUGAUUCUGGUGUUGGUAAAACAAGUCUUUUAUAUCAAUACACGGAUGGUCAUUUUAACCCUCGAUUUGUGCCCACGAUAGGGAUUGACUUUCGAGAAAAGCGAGUGGUAUGUAUAAUUCACCUUCCUAAAGGCAUAAAGAUAAAUUUUCGACUGAUACCAUUUUAGGAAAGGUUGAAAUGAAGAUUUGUAUAUUUCUUGUAUUUGCUCAAUGUAAAAGUGAUGUACUCCUCUUGUUUUCCCACUGAUACGAUUGAUCAUUCAAUUUACGACGUCGCAAAAAAAGCGCUUUCUUUAAUAAGCAAUAACCGUAUGCAAUAAUUUGGGGCUUGAGAAGGUAGCGAUUCUUAUAGUUCGAAUCAAGAGUGGGGGUUGUAUCAAAAUGAGGUUAGCACAAGAAUCGAUUAAAAUAAAUUACUUUUCUUUAAUACAUUUUUGGACUACAAAAAUAUUUACACGUAAUCGACUUUUCGAUUUAAAUUCAUUAAUUCCUUCUCAAUAGCAUUGGCAUUUGAAGGCUUAUAUUAAGUAGUAUUCAAGGUUCUUUCGGUUCCUUUUUAACAAACAAAUACAAUACACAGUAAUUCAUUAGUCGAAGAUGACCAAAUGUCAACAUCUGGCAGGUACCUGUCUAGCGAUCCUGACUUUAGUCGGGACCUCUCUAUCAAGAGCUGAUGGGCGGAUGUUUCCUUAUUUGAGUGCGCAUUACUUAUUGUGUAGUUGAAAGAACAAAAAGAGCCAUACGUUUCCGCCAUAGCCCUUCAAUGAUAGAGUAUCAAGUUUCGGUCGCUUUAGGUGCAAGAUUUAUGCGCCAAUCCCGGAACUCUUUAUUCGAAUGUGUCCUUUAAAGUUAUCUCAACAUUGCUUCAGUACAAGAAAGGUUAAGGCACUUCAUCUACUUUUGACUUGCGUAGAUACAAUUCCUACAGGUGUGUAUAAUAAAGAGUCAAAAAAUUUUGUACAGCCUGGAGAGAGUCCUAAUCGAGCCCUGAGGAGUGUUAUUUAAAAGGUUAGAAUUGGCUCGUGAGUGGGUUUCCGAAACUAAAUCUCCAGCUGGUUUGUGCAUGAAUAGAAUGAGAAAAGUGAUGAAAUUUCUAGUUCGGUCGUCGAUUAGAUCGCAUACAGUUGGACAACGAGAUCUCCAUAGCUUAGUGGCACCCGGGUCGAACAUCCAAGCUGUAAUCUGAAGUUCGAUUCCUCGUGGGUACCCAGAUCUUUCUGUGUUCCAAGUUCCUGGCAAAAUAAGUGGAACAAUACCAGUUGAUAAAGAGGACAACCCCUGUAUCAAAUUUUUUCCAGUUAUCCUAGGGGUCAGGGAGGGGAUUUACCUUCGGUUAAUGUUUUUUGGCGUGCAACAAGACACGCAUCAAUCCUAAUGACACAGGCCGUAGCUUAGAGCUCACUGAAUACAUGCAAUUUAUACCAACCCCAUGCUGAACACUAGACAAUCCUGGGACUCUGCCACCGUUGUCACUCUUUAAAGUUUAGUUUCAUCUUACUAUCGUGAACCGCAAAGCCUACAAUAAGUGGCAAAAUUAGUUGGUCGACAACCCUUCGCUUAACAGAGUCGACAUAACUCAGGCCCUGAACAGAAAUCUUGUAAUUUAUCUCUAUAAGUUAAUUGAAAGCGUUCCUUCCCCCUCUAAAAAGAACUGUUGCCUGAACUUGGUGGGUAUUUUUUCAAUACCAGGCAACUUUAAAAUGGCGAAGAGAGGGAAGGGGGGGGGGGAAGAUAAAUGAAAGUUCGAGGAAAAAAACUGAAAAGGUAGUGAAGCGUGUCAAGACUUUCGUCCCUCAUUGUAAGUCAACAAUAGUUUAACAUUUAAACAAUUAAAAUCGCAAGUACAAGUACAUCAGAGAUAUUCCAUUCCGUGAAUGCUUCAUCAAUAUCUUUUACACUUACCCUACCUUUCUACAAGCGGUAUCUUUUGAACCUGAGAAGCAUUUUCCCAUGCAAUACCACUGCAACAUAAAUGACAUAACAGCGAAAGUGUCAUUCUACAGAAAAAAAAUUUAAAACUCUCCUGUGAACAGCGGCGAUAAGAAACUGCAGUUGUCUUUAAUUUUCGCAUGCUUGGAUUUCACCAACUCUAUUUUUAUAUAGCUUUUUCAAGUUGUACAUUUAUUUAUUUUUGCCAGUAACGAAUAAUGAGAUCGAGCAAACCUUCUUUUGAUAUCAAUCUUUGGGCAGCUCUUGAACCAGAUUUAUCCAACUAUUCGUUAAAUAAAGGGGGUAAGUUUCUAAAGAAACAGCGGUGUGGUGUCGGUGGGAGAGUAUAACGGGGUACUUAAGUGUUAUCAACUGAGUUGAUAACUAACCUGGUUGAUAUCGUAAAUUGGCCACCGUAAAGAGUUUCAAAGUGAAUGAAGAUGGGCUAACGCUCGAAACGUCAGCUUUCAAACUCUGUACGGUGGCCAAUUCACGUUAUCAACUCCGCUGAGAAUGCUGAAUGAGCCUGUUUUUCGUUGAAAAGUUUGAAUUAAGUUCGGUGGUGUCGGUUCUUAAUCAUUCUUCUUCAGUUUAAGCGAAUUUUCCAUGGACAAAAUCAUAACUAAUGUUGGUCCAGUAUCGGCUUGGGUGGAAUACAUUGUUAGACCUGUAUCAGCGAUAAGUCAAUCGUUAUUUAUGCAUGUAUCGAACGAUCGCCUAGUUUCUGGACGAAUUUUGUGGCUUUUCACAAAAUACGGUUCUUGAUUUCAAAAAUUAAUUCUACACCACAUAUAGCUUCGGCAGGUAACCGGCAAAUCUCUCCUAUAUUGGUCAGUUAAUUAACUGGCUGUAUUUAUCUGAGAGAUGGACCAAAAGUCCCUCACCCUACUCCACCCUAAUAUAUAACUGCACGUACCUUGUUGCCGCCAAAUUUCCACAACAACAACAAACUACGAGUGACCAAUCAGAGAGUGCAAGAGUUAUCAACAGACCAAUCAGAUAAGCCGUUAGAUAAAUAUCAGUUUUGUACGCAAAGUUUGAAGGAAAACUCCCGAACUAAACAUGGCGGAUACCGAUUAUGAUUAUCUGUUAAAGUUUUUGGCUCUCGGUGAUUCAGGCGUCGGGAAAACUAGCCUUUUGUUUCAAUACACGGAUGGAUCAUUUAAUCCUAAGUUCAUAUCCACUGUAGGGAUAGACUUUCGCGAAAAGAGAGUGGUGAGUUACAUAGUUUCAACGAUUGAUAUUUAACUCGUGAACAUUCAUUGACAUCCAUCUAAUAAUAUUAUUCCUCUGCGUCGAGAAUUUUUAUUUUACAUUAAUAUUUCAGGCUCAAGGGUGUAUACUUUUUGCUUUUAGAAAAUAAUCACUAGUUUUUGGUGAAAUUGUGAUUUAACUCGUAUUAAGUCCGCUGUUUUGGAUAAUACACAACGUGCCUUGGUCUCCUACCUCUGAGAAAACAACAAAACAAUCUUUAAGUCGAUGCUUAAAUUCGAAUCCAACCUUACACAACAACUGAAAUAGCCUCUAAUGAUUGUCUUGUAGAAACUAUGGAAAGUGAAAGUGCCUUUUUUACGUCGAUUUCUAUGAGAAGUAUGCAUUUAAAUUUCAACUGACUCGACGAGACUUAAGCGAUCACUUGUAAUCUCGAUGUUCCAUAUCCAUUUAACACUCUCUCCAUAUUUUAUAAAGCUAACGCUCUGAUCUAAGCUCGUAUUUUUGAUAACCUAGAAAAUGGUAGAGUUCGAAUUGAACCCAAAGCAGAGCAGUUCAUAAGUUCAUUGUGGGAGCAAGGACAACUUUGAUUGUCCCGAGAACAUUUUUUGUGUACGAUCGUUGUAUUUUAAGAUUCUCUAUUUAAUUCACUUAUAUACUUCGUUGUGAAUCUCCCCUCUGAAAAGAUAGAAACAUGCAAAAUUCCUAGUUUUUGCAAUAAUGUGGUUCCAAGGCAUCAGUCUUUAGCCGUUAAAAUGAAAAAACUGUCGGCGAGAUCUCAUCGUUUUUACAUUUUUAAUUGUGAAGCUCUUCUUUUUUGAAUUUUAAUAGCUUCAUUGUCUGAUUCAUUUCAAUUUCUAAUCAUUUCAUUUAAAUCUAUACCUAGAUCACACGAAUAACUAUCUAAAUCACCACAAAAUCUUUACUGAUUCUAUUUUAUAAAUUCUAUAAUUUUUUGUGGUUUCUCACUGAAGCAGUCUUCGGAACUGAAAUUUUACUUCUAAGAAAUUCUAAGAGUGUAUAGAUCUCUUUUCAAUGUCACCUGGCUUCAGAGGGACUAAAAAUGUGAAUGGUGUGGCUGAUCUUAAUGUGUGUGUUUCUAAAAUAACAAAUGAAGUUACGGCUUCCUUAAUUUAUCCUCUGAGUAAUUGAUCAAUGCUACAUCAACUUUAGCCAAAGAAUCGAGUGAAGUUUUGUGAUGUUUUAUACAGUUACUUUUAAGUUCAUAACACCAGCUGCUCACCUUUUUAGAUAAUAAUGCAAAUGUAUGAUUUAUAAAUUUGAAUAUUACACAAAUUUUGUUUGUCAGUAUAUCAAGGGAGGUAAAUUGAUUUCAUUGUUGUAUAAUGCAGAUUUGUCCAAGUUUUGAGACUCAUUUUCUUCCCUGAAGGACCUAAUUUUUUUUCUACAGUUGUAGGUCUUUUGACGUAUUUUCCAAAGAAUAUGGCUAAUGUAUUUGUGAAACAAUCUAUUCCAAACCUAGUUCAGACUUGUUCUUGAUAGGAUUUUUUUGUUUGUACCUGUUCCUUGGCAAACAACAAGGCAUUUAUCACCUUGAGAUGGAAGGUCUACACAUUGAACAGCUGUCAGUUGCAUUUAAUUUGAGAAACAAUUGCUCAAGAAGUUGGAAAAAUUGCCUGAAGUAGCCAGUAACCAAGCUUUUAGGAAAACCACUUUUUCAACAAAAUUUUCGGGAAUACUUUUGCAAGUGAUUUUUUGGUUUGUUUAGAAAAAGUGGUCUGAAUAGCUGAAGCCCAAUCAUGUCAUAAAAAGUCAUUGACAAAAAUUGUUGCCAUGUAUUUACAAUUUUUUUUGACAAUUUAACCUAGUGUUGUGUUGACUGAGAUCAAAGAAAAUUAUCAUAAUUUUUCAGUCAUAGAACACAGGAAAAACUAUUAAACCUGACAAAAUGUUUGUCACAUUUAGAUGUUACUAACAGUUACGUAUCUCCUAUUUGAGGUCAUUUGAGAAUACAUUUAGAUUUCUUUCAGAUACAUCAUCCUUUGGGUGCAGAUGGAGUCACCCGUUCAACAAGAGGUCAGAGGGUGCAUCUUCAACUUUGGGAUACUGCUGGACAGGAAAGGUACAGUGUAUUUUCAAGUUGAACCAAGUUAACACGAGAGAAACACCGGAGCAUUGUUCAGUGAUAAUCCUUUCUAUCUUAAGUUCAUUUUGGGUGAAUCACACAUUCCUUUGUCAGGGAUUAUAUCUAGCUUUGUAUAUUGUGUUGCAACACUGGCUUACACAGUAAUCUAAUAUAUUCCUGUCCCCUUUCUUUUCCAGAUUUAGGAGUUUAACUACAGCUUUCUUUCGAGAUGCCAUGGGAUUUCUUCUAGUCUUUGACCUGACACAUGAACAGUCAUUCUUGAAUAUUAGGAACUGGUUAAGCCAAUUACAAACCCAUGCUUACUGUGAAAACCCUGAUAUAGGUAUGUGUUUAUAGUUUCAAUUGAAUUGCAAAAAACUUGCUUCUGUGUUUUAGUGGACUGAAUUAAAAAAAGGCCUAUGGUGUGUCCUUAGAAAACACGAUGUGAAAUUCCUUCUGUUUAGUCCAAUUUAAGUUCAUAUCUCAGUAGUGUGUUACUGUCAUGUCAAUCAUUUGGGUUAGCCUGGUUGUCAUAGAAUCAGAAAGCUGGGUAAAUACUGCUAAGUUACAUACUCACUUAACUGCUUAUCUCUAUAGCAUUAUACAGUCAGAGAGUUUAUUAUGCAUAUAUUUUGCUUCAAUCAAGAUCAUCAAUUGCUUGAACCUCCUGCUCUAAUUCUUUUCAAGUGUCCAGAGAGGUCAUGUGGACUAGACCAGUCUACAACCCAACCCAGUAGAACAAAACCAAGCCUGUCAUUGUGUUAAUGGCCAAUUCCAGAGCAGCAGCAGCAUAUGUUUUGUAAGUUAAGUGACUGUGUACUUUACUGUUUUGUUUUUCUUUCCUGUAGUCUUAAUUGGUAAUAAAGCAGACUUGGAGGACCAAAAACAAGUUGACGAAAAUGAAGCCAGGACACUGGCAGAGAAUCUGGGUCUGAAAUACUUUGAGACUAGUGCAUUUAAUGGACAAAAUGUGAGCAAAUCAGUAGAGGCCUUGCUUGACCAGGUAAGAAAGUGCAUCUUAAGGAGGCUUUGUAGGAUUUUUUGAUUGCAUGAGAUCUGGGUGCAAACAUAGCAUGAGCUUUAAAAGUGUUAACAUAUAAAAUAAUCUGAAAAGGUGUGUUAAAAACAGUUUAACACAAUACAGUUUUUAUGUGAUGGAAUCUAGGGUUUCCAACAACCACACCCGCAACAUUUAUAGGCCUUCUAUGCCUGAAAAAGAGGUCAAACAAAAAGAAAACAUGGUGGGAAAGAUUGCCAAAAGGUGACAGAUUUGAAAGUCCUAGGCAUACACAGAUACCAAUAUUGGUAAAGUCCUCUUCCAUUUUGUAAUGUUUUGUGACAAAUGAAAUAGGAGUCUUUCGAGUAAGAUUUAUCACAUUCCCUAAGAUUUGCUGGAUCAUUUAGCAUAUUUGUGUCCUUCUUAGUGCCUGUUGAUAAAAAAAAUUCAUAAGAACAAACUUGAGAUAGAGGAAGAAAACACAAUUGCAAAUAGCAAGGAAACUGCCUAUGUAGCCCCUAUUUCUUUUGGCUUGUAAAUGAUUGGCGACCAAUUUUCACAAAAUGUAAAAAUUUUGAGAGAUUUCACCUAAGCAAAUUGAAGAAAAUCAAAGGCAAAGCCAAAUUAUCACUGGCGAGCGCCUCCCUUCGUGGAACCUUAGCUUAAUAACGAAAAUCAUUCUGAUAACAUUUACUACAGCAAAUGAUAGUCCAAACCUUGCUUAUUGCCUUUGAUGGCUUUUAGGGACCUUGAAAAGCUAAAACAUAAAAAUUUGCUAGAAAAACAAUAUGGUAGUGCGUGUGCCAACAUUUAGCAAAAACCAUAUGGAGCCUCCUUUAGGACACUCAGUCCCACAGAAUAAGCCAAAAUAAGUAUCGCUUGUUACUCUCGAUAUGCAAUGGUAACUAGUCUUUACUUGAACUUAAGUGUAUUGCAGCAACUUUUCUUUUAUUUUAACUUUCCAGGUUAUGGCAAGAAUGGAAAAUUGUGUGGACAAAGCCACAUUACCUAAUGGUGUUUUCAACAACAAUCCCAACAGAGGUACAAAACUAAGAGAAGUUGAUGAAGCAAAUGAUGAACCGCAAGCAGGUUGUUCAUGCUGAACAAGGCAGAUAACAAUCAUUAUAAUUAUAACUUCUCAAAUGUCUUUUUAGAGUGCAUAUGAAAAUAUUUUCUUUUGAAAUGGUUAUGUACUAUCAUAAAGGGAAUCUCUAAUCUUAAAGCAAAUAUCACAAAAAAGUCUUUAAAUGUAUCAAACACAAGAUAUUUGGUACUUAAAAUUAUUCCUCUAACCUUGUUUAUUUUUUUUGGCCUUCAAAACUGGCCUUCAUAGCAACUCCAAACUUCCCGUGUGUGCUGUGUGCUGUGUGCAAGGCAUUUUGGAUUGAUGACAUGUAAUGAAUGCUCUGUUCUUUUUUUUUUUUUUUUUUUUUUUUUUUUUUUUUUUUUUUUGGGGGGGGGGGGUUUCCUUGGGCUUUCCCUAGAACUUUUGAGUGCAGUAAUCGGGCCAAAACCAAGCAGGAUCCCAAGCUUUGCUUUUUUAGCUUCCCAAAUGACAACAGUUAAUGAUGUGCGAUUUGGAACAUUUCGAGGGCCAUUCCUUCCAUGAAUCAUACCUAAUGGAAGUACAGAUAGCUUUGUUCAUUGGAUCAUGGCAGAGGCCCAGCAAUCAUUACAUGUCAUUAACCCAGAGUGCCUUGGGCACUCAACAAGAUGGCAGACAAAGGAAGUUCAAACUUGCUGUAAAGGCAGAAAAAGAACUAACAAGGUUAGAGGAACAAUUUUUAGUUCCAAAUAUUUUAAGUUUGAUACAUUUACCCUUUUUGAGAAAUAUUUGCCUGAAGAGUAGAGGUUCCCUUUAAACAUUUGAAAGAGGAAAUGCAAGCGAACUUAAUGAUGAUAAUAUCCAUGACACCAAGAGAGUUGCAUUUAAUGUAUAAUUUUAUGACUUUGUAUAUUACAGUCAUUAAUUUAUUAGUACAGAACAAUGUGUUUAACUUUUUGGGAGGACUGAAAGUGAGACAUUCAGUGCCUGGAGGCUGCAUUAGUGUGUGUAAUUAAUUUUGCUUAAAUUUUUCUCUGGUUUGCUGUAAGUUUUUUAUUUAUAUAUAAAAUUGUCAACAGUCAUCUUAAGAAGCCCAGGGCAACUGGUUUACUUUGCAUAAUUGCUACAAGUUAAACUGCCUCUAUUGGGUAUGGUAUGACUGCAAUAAUUUAACUUGUAGUUUUAAUAGCAAAUUAAUUAUCUGAGUAUCAUGUAAAUGAAAAUAUGUUUCAUAUGCACUUUUUUGAAUUUAGUGAUAAAAUAAUAUGAACAUCCAAGGUUUGUGAUAUAACCAGUAUUUAUAAAGUGGAUAGCAAUGCAUAGCUAGCAAGUUUACCAUAAUUUUUAUUGUAUUUUGGCAGUUACAAAGUUUUUAUUUGUGAUAGCGGAUUCAAAGAAAUACUCCUGGUCUAUGAUUACGUCAUAUAUGGAAAUUUUUGAGGGCUUCCUUAAAUUGUGACAUACAGAUGAUCAUUGAGCCUUUUUGUUAGGUGUGAUUAUGAUGGAUGAUCAAGAUUGCAUUGGAAAAAGUAGGGGGAGGGGGAGGGAGGAGGGUUGGAAGGACACCUCACAUACAAUGAUUUACCAUGAUAAAAAAAAUUUACAAAGUACAGUACAGCUGGCACUCAAAUGUUAGAUGAAAGUUCCUUGAAAAUUAAUGCUCAAUUCUCGAUUCUCAACAGUUCUGAGUUUUGAGUGGAAACUGUCAACUUACUUUUGAGUGGUACUGUACAUGUUCCUGUGAGAAUAAACCAGGUAGCUUCAUGUUUUACUUUUAAUCUAGUUAGAGGUUUCCUCUAAAGAUGAAGCAAAUUAAUUAACCAUGACAGGUAAAAGUAGAAGAAUACAUGGUAGAGCACCUUAUCUCUGCAGUUCAUUGAAACAGAAGUUUUUUGUAUAUAUGUCUACUACUACUCUGAAGUGGAAAACUUUAAUGGCCGGCAACAUUUUUGAUUUCCAUAGAGUUGUUUAGGGGCAAUUCAGUCAUUGUUCAUGAACUGUCUUGCUCUCUCCCUGCAAACAUCAAGAAGACUGGCUUUCCUAGUUGUGUGUCUAUGUUUGUGACAGGUUUUUAAUUUUUGUGGUUUGUUUCUGUAAGCUUUAUUUUGUCCCACCUUGCAGAAUUAGUCCUUAGGCUUGUCAGGUAUCAUUUCAGUCUGGUGGCUGACAAUCAUAAGGAACUCGUAUAAUUAUGCCUCUCCAUAUACAAAAUUGCGAUAACAUCAUUUUAUUCAUUUGUGAUAUUUAACCAUUAGACAGUGCAAGUAUUUAUAAUGCAGUCCCUUGAGAUCGUGAUGGAAACUCUUGAAAUUGUGAAUGGAACCAAAUAAAUAUUAUGAUGAAUAAACAAACAUUUUCUGUUGAUAAACAGCAAGUAUACAUAUUGCUUUAUUUUAAGGGGGAAAUACUUCUUGAGUUACCACUUACAUUUCAUACAUAUUUAUUAUAUUUCUGCAUUAAAUAUUUCUUUGCUGAAGAGGUUUAUUAGAAGGUAGCUUUUUACAAUGCAAAUAAAAAGUUUUAAAAAUGCUUCAACUUCAUCAAACAUGCAAGUUUCAGGGGAUCUUUUAGGAAUACAAUUGGGGUUGGUGAGGUUACAGUACUUUUUCAAAAUGCAGGUGGAAAGCAUCAAAUAUAUCUUUUAUCUCACUUUUCCCUCUAACAUCCCAGAGUUCUGUCCUUGUGGUGUAGCCCUGUGUACAGGAAACCAUUACCUUGGCACCUCACUCUCUCUUGAGACAGUGUAUUACACCUAUCCUUAGUUAAUGGAAAGGGGGUGAUCUGAUGAUAGGAGGACCAUAUCAAAUUAAAGGAGUGGACUGAGAUUGCAACUUCUUUUAUUGUAAAUUAAUAAUGAAAGAUGAGCACAAUUCCUUACCAAGCACUAUGAUAUUUCUUUUCGGUCUACCUUCCUGGUUUUGAAGAUAAAUUCUUCCUUAUUCCAAGUGGGGGUAGGGAGAAGUGAUUGAGGGUCUACCGAAGGAAUUCUUGAUAGGUAUGUACCACCUGUCUUGUCAAGUCCUAACCUUACUUCAGGCUAAAACAAGCUUCUUUCCAUCACCCACUUUCAGAAAUGGGCUUCAAGAUCCAUAGUCAUUUUUCGACCUUCUAGACUUAGCAAUUGAUAAAUGUUCCCCUAAAAUCCAGUUAAAUGUGAUACUAUAAUCACCCCUCUUUCUCUGUUAUUUCGUUUGAAUUUGGUGAGACUUGUACGCUUAACUCUCUUGUGGUUCCUUAGGAAACCAUUCUCGAAUAAUUAUGAGAAAAAGCUCUAACUGUUUUUGGCCCAAAACGGCGUCAUAUCGCUAAUAAGGGAAGAGUUCCAAGUGAUCUGGCGCGAGAUUUACAAAGGCUUGGUUACACAGCCUACUGCAUGCACAGAGAGGAUUGCACAGAGGAAGCUGUCUGACUGCACCAAGGAGAAGUUGUGCUACCUGAGUGUUUUUUUAUGAAUUGUCCGCAAAAUUUUGCUCGCGAACACCUUUGGAAUGUCUUAUUCACCAGGUGACUUAAUCUGGGCCAAGAUGCGUGGCUACCCGCAUUGGCCAGCCCGAGUAAGUCGUCAAAUGUUAGACAACUAAUUUAAUUAACUAGGAAGUUUGUUCCCUGUGCGUGAGCAAACUUGAGGAGACAUUUGUUAUGAACAUACUGUUUUAUUUCGUGAUUUAGAUCGAUCUUCCUGCACAAGACGAGAAAAUUCCUCCUAAAAAAUAUGCCAUUUUCUUCUUUGGUACUCACGAGACGUAAGUUUAAAAAUAUCACAUUUUCGUUCACUAUUUUUCUUUUUUCCUCGUGUAAUUAAGUGUUGGCAGUAAACUACGAAUUUUCUUUUGCAGUACAUAAGACAGUUAGCAAAAUUGUUUGUGGUGUUGUUUGGUAACGUGUAAUCCUUUGUGGUGGCUUAUUCACUGAUUUGUUUUUGUUGGUUUAUUUGUGUUGAUCAUCCUGACCAAGGAUUUACCAUGAUCCAGGCGAUUUUUAUCAGUUAAUCAUGAUUGUGUACACAUUGCUUCAGAACCUCUUAUGUCAAAGAUAGAAAGUCUUAUCAGUCACUGUGUACAAACAUAAAUUUUAUGUCUCUUGUCAUCUUUAACAGUUGGGUUGAGUGCCCAAAGACAUACCAGCACUCUAAGCCAUGACCAUCUUGGUCACUGUGGUAUAUAAAAAGAUUUAAAACAUCUAUUAUGACUAAAUUUGCUAGGAAAGUCACCAAUUUGGUCAAGAGGUGUUCUUUGUUGACGAGUUUUGUGUAUGCAAGUUUCUUUAUUUCUUGAGAUGAAAGUAAAACUAGACAAUAGGAGGUCCUUUUGAACUUGACAGUGUACCAGACAGUGUAACUUUUGAUUGAAACAUUCAAAAAUCUACUUGCUAAGGGGGCAUCUAAACCAGAGCUUUUAAUCUCCAGCCAUAAAAUGUUAGUUGCAUUAGUGCCUGUAUUGGUCACAAUCUUAAGCCCUUACUUUUGACAGACUUGCAGAACUUUAAAACUGUUUUAUUGGAGACAGCUCCCUGAACCCCUCUUUUGAAUUAAAAGCCAUAUUGAAGGAUAUCUCACUUCUUAUUAACCUACUAGUAGCAUGAUUUUCAAUGUUUCCAGGGCUGUGAUGCAAGCCAAAGAUUUGUUUCCAUAUGAGAAGAACAAAGAUAGAUUUUUGAAAAAUUCAAAUAGAUCAAGAAGAGGUUUCAAAGAAGCUUUAGUGGAAAUUUUGGAGAAUCCAAAGGUGAAAUGGGGUAUGCGUGGACAGGAUGUGGAUGAGCAAGAUUCAGAGGAUGAAGAGGGAGAAGGAGAUGAAGAUUCUGGGGAUGAGAAGAAGUUAGAGGAUGAAGACUCUGAUGAAGAAGAUACCAAGCCAUCAAAACAGGUAAAGAAUGACAUUUGAGACUUAGCAGAUAUGGGUGGAGUACAAGUGUAGAUAGUGUAACUUGCCUGACAAGGAGCACCCUCAUUUGGAAGAGCAUCCCAUUGUAGAAUUAUGAGCUCUGAGUUGUAAUCCUCAUGACUAGCUUAGUUUUUCCUGUGUCCCUCUCUUAAGACUAAGGUUCAACUUCCUUAGUCAUUUAAGGUAAAAUCUGCACUUUUGUUAAGUGGUCCAUCCUGCUGGGGCUUAUGCAGAUUCCCUUAGCAUGAAGCAACCAGGAGUAUUGUUACUCUCCCCUCUAGAGGAUUUUAGUGCACAGCAGGUUAUCAUCCAUUGGUAUUCUGUCAGGUUUCUGGGGUGGAGAGAGACACUGUAAGUUAGAGUAAAGUAUCUUGCCAAAGAACACAACACAAUGACCCAGCACAGUUUCAAACCUAGACUAACAAGCUAACUAUGUUGCCCAUGUUGCCCUCUCAGGAUUGUGAGCUGUGAUCCCACACACAAUAUAAAUAAUUGCAUGAAGGGAACUUUCAAAAUUCAUAGCUUUUGGACAUUGUUGGCUAUACAGCUGUAAGUCUCAAAAAGUGGCUAAAGACAGUCGAAAUAAAGAAAAACAGAAUUGAGUUUUGUGCAAAUACCAACCUUCACUAUCAGCUUUCUUUGCAGCUUUUGACAGUAAACAAGUCGUUCUUGAUUUCGUUAAAGGAAAAUCUUUUUGCUACAGAUGUCUACAGUAAAUCAUUUAUUGACCAAGUUUGUUUGGCCAAGAUGGUUGGCUAUUAGCCUGUAUUUUUUAAGUUGCUUUUUUUUGCAUUUUCAUGGACCUUGACUUCAUCUCAGCCCAUGAUAAUGCAAUACUAAGCCAACUUGACUUUAUGCUUGGUCAAUAACACAAUAUAUUUAUAUCCCAGAGGAGAAGAAAUCUCCUAAUAGGAAUAUUCUAUCGAAGAUCAGUCACAUUAUUGGUAGAAUUUUCUUGUCUCUAGCUUCCUAGUUAAAAUAUAUAUUAACCAUCUCUUGAAUUAUAUAUCUUUGUCAAGUAAAUUUUAAAUAAGCUUUUCUGUUCUUGUUGAUAGGAAGCAAGCAAUGAAGAGAGAAAAAUGAAGAUAUCACAGGGCAAAAAGAGACGCAAGUCAGAGUCAGACAAGGUUUGAGAUAUUACAAAAUCAGUUUUGAGUAUACAGGAUGAUUGUUAUCAUUCUGAUAGCAUUAAGGAGUUGAUUAUAAAUACAUGGAGUCUAUAAGAGUGAGUUAAGUCUUCAUGUUGUUUUUCUCUUCAAGGAAAGUUCUUUAGAAGAAACACCAGAAGAGGAAAGUUCAGAUGGUGAUAAAGAAGAAGUAAAUGGAUUUACUGGCUUUUAUAACAAUUAAUGUAUAACUCAUUGCUUCUCAGUGGGUUUAAAAGCUGAAUUUUGAAGGGAAGUAGCUUGGAACUAGCAACCAUUUGUUGUUUGACUUGUAUUUGAAUGGUGCUUAGGAGCCUUUUGCUCCCAAGAUUUUAAUGAAAAUUAUCCUCUCUGUCUACCUUACAUUUAUAUUAAUUUUAGCUCUGAGAUAACAGCUUUAGUCAAAAAGCAUCCCUUAAUUGAUAUAUUUUUUUCCAUCUCAUCUCCUGUUUAAUUUAUAAUGAAUUGAUAUGGUAAAGAUAAAUAACUCCUUCACUCAGGACUGGGGAGUAAAGGAAAAAAGAAUGCUAUUUACAGGGUAUGAAUGAGUGAAUGCAUUGGUCAACAUCCAUUCUGCAUCUACUAUAGGAAUAUAAACCUGCUCCCAAGAAAAAGAGAGUGUCUUCCAAAGAGGCAGGGAAGAAAAGGAAAUCAUCAAAGGCCAUUAGUGACAGUAGCAGUAGCAGUUCAGAAAAUGAUGCUGAUCAGAAAGUAAUUACAAUAGUUACACUUGUAAAUGUAGUUUACAACUGAUGAUAAUUUUUCUGAAUUCAGUAUGCUUACUCACUCCAGGGGAAGGAAGGCCAAAAAGCCCUAAUUACAAGACUUAAUGCUACUCUUUUUCACUGUUCGUUUGAUUGUAGGGUUGUGUCUGUCUGAGUGGGAUAAGACAGCGACUUGGUUGUUAAGUUUUAGGUGCUUUUUCUAGAUUUAAAUGUUCAUUUAACCUCUCUAAAGGAAACAAGUGAAGAAGAAAGUAUACCAAAGAACAAGAGAGCAAAAACAAAUACAGAAGCAGAAGAUAAACCAAAGUUCAAGAAGGUGAAAGGAGAAGACAGAAAGAAAAAAGAUGAAGAUAAAAAGGAAGGGGAAAAGACAUCAGAUGAGGAAAAGGACGCCAUUAAAGAUGGAGGGAAGAUAAAGGAAGAAGAUGAAGAAAAAAGUAAAGAUGCAGAGAGGAAAAAACAGGAGAAACUCCAAAAACUUGCAGAGAAGAAGUAUGAUUGCAUUCCUUUAAAUCAAUCUCCUCUAGUUCAUUUGCUUUCUCAUUAAAAUGAGGUUUAUCUGUAUUGAAAGGAAUUUGCUAUUUGAUAUCUCUACAAAGUAGACCUGAUGGAAGUGAUGUUACUCAAGUUCAGUGAGAUCAUGACACUAUUUAAUAAGAAAUAAAGUGAAAAUCUUAAAACUUUUUGAAAUUACAGAAGACUGGAGAAAAUUUUUUAUCCUGAAACUUACAAUGAAGAAGGCAUUAGAGACAGAGAAACAGACAAAAUAAGACGGAGGCUUGAAGCAUAUAAGCUGUAUCUUGAAGACUAUUACUUUUUGGGUUCACACCCUUUACUCGAUUUAUAGCAAGUCAGGUUGCCCAAUGAUAGCUAAUAACACAUUUAGUUGAGUGUCUGUACAAGUGCCCACCCAUGAUAACUUCAAUUACCAUUGAAGGAUACGAAGUUGGAAAGAUGAGCAAUACCUGUGCUGCAAAUAUACGUAAAUUAUCGUUAUCUAUUAACAUAUUAGUAAAAUGUUUUUCUGAUACCUUAAGUUGCAAAAUCAGAACAUUUGCUUGUGGUCUGUGUUAAAUUUGUUUCUUUUUUUUUUCUUUCAGAGCAAUGUUAAAGGAAAAGAAGAAGAAAGAGAAACUUGAACAAAGGAAGGCUGAAAAACUGGCAGCUGAGAAAGCUAAAGCACUGGAGAAGGAAAAGGAAAAACAACGUGAGAAACAGGAACGGGAGAAAGAGAAGGAGAAGCUGAGAGCAAGACAAGAAAGAGAGAGGGAGAAGGCAAGGGAAAGAGCUGAAAGAGACAAACAGAGGGAAGAGGAAAGAAAAGAAAGAGAAAGAAGAAAAUGUGAGUUAUAGAAAUACUCCUCCAUGUACAUAAGAGCACAGAUGAAAAGUACAUCUAAAGAUGCAGUGGAGCAAAUUUUGUAAAGUCCAUAUUUCUUUCAUUACAUCGUUGUGAUCAUGUACUAAAGUUUGAUAAACUUUUCAUUUAAUUUAGCAACACCUCCUACGGUGGAAGAGAUUUUGGACAAAAUGAAUUAUGAUCUUGUGAUGUCUCUCACUGUCGAGGCUCCAGUAAGUGGUUCAUUUGUUAAAAAAAAAUCUAAACAGCUGAAAAGAGUAAGUUACGUGUCAAAAUAUUAGGUGUAUCUUGGAAAGCUUCAAAAGAAGGACAGAAUUUUGUAGUGUUUGGAUUGUCAAAAUUGAAUUUGGACUUGAGUUGCAUGUAGGCCCAAUAACUAGCUGCUGUUCGUUAAAUGAGCCCGCGUUCCUCCUCUGCGGAAAUGGAGUCUAGUUUGCAAGCAGUGCUCAUAGGUGUCUAUGGCGAGUGAUAAACAAUUUGGUGACCUUUGUUUGGGGGUAAUUUAGCGAGUUGCAGUGUUUAAGUACUUGGUGCUUAUGGUCUAACGUUAUUAUGACAAAAAAUAAUCAUAAGUGCUCCGUUGUUUUUUUGUGUUUUGUUUGUUUUUUUUUAAACAAACAUUUGUAUAUCUAUUGUUGUAUAUCUUAAUAAUGAAACUUAAAAUGUUGCAUGAACCUCAAAAAAACGAUGAUAUCUGUUCAGCGUAUUAUAAACACAAAGCGGAGUGUAGUUAGCGGCAUAGAACGUCCUGUCAAUAUUUAUGUUCUCCUUUCCUUUUUUUGUGGUAACUAAAAUUUCAUUUUUGGCGACAUUUUAGAUUUUAGGUCGCCAAAUAGUGACUCUGAAAAAGUUUAAGCUCAAAGCUCCGACCAAGACGUCUUUUGAAGAACUCCGUUUUCUCUAAAAUUAGUGUCACAAUAUCAGUGUUUGAGUGUAGACUAUAACAUCUCGUCAUUUUAAUCUGCCAAAAUUUCCUGUACUGAACAGUUUUAUGUCCACCUUUUGUAGGAUGUGCCAAGAUGUUUAAAAAUUAUCACUCAGAUCUUCGAAAUGGAGAUAAACCCAGAUAUCAUAAAGAAAAACCCAGACAUAGUUCAGACCAUUAAAAAGGUAUCGUAAAAUAUUACUGGAUCUUCCUGGUACAGAUGUACUGUGUGUUACAUUGUUAUUCAUUCGGAUGCUUAUAAAUUUGAAUUUCGUGCUGUAAUGAACUUUGAUAUUAUCUCCAGAACAGGACCAAAGUAAUCCCAGUCGUGAUCUCAAUCUCCCCUGUAUUUGGAAACUUCUGUUAACAUUUCAAAGAUUCCUUUACUAGGCUCUUUGAAGAUAUUCUGAUCACCUAUCAUUGAUGUAUUUUAAUACCGUUAUUAUUUAAUUAACAUUAGAUCGCUUCUUAAGACUAAGUUCAUUCGAAAUUGUUGACUUUUUCCUACAGAUACGAAAUUACAAACAGAAUUCCAAAGUGCGAGAAAAAGCGAAUCAACUCUACGCGCAUUUUAAAUCACUGUUUAGCAUUUCUGGAUCAGGUGAGUGAGUUAUAAUGGAAAUUGAGAUUUUUAAAUUCCUAAUCUUAUCUUGUCCUUUUUUCGUUUUAUCUCAGAUACUUGGUGUCAGUAAAAACUGUUAUUAACAAUAAGCUUUUUAUACUGAAAUUAUUGAUAGGUCACCACCUAGCUCCAAUUUCCAGUAUCUUAUUUUAUUACAGAUUCGAGAAGAGAAAGUACUUCGCUUGAUCUGUCCUUAGUGCAAACUAACGAAAGAACAGAACAAAGUAGGGCAGAUGGCAUGGAGGAACUUGAUAACAUUAAAGAAGAGACAUCCGCAGAACCCCACCUCACCCCUACUGAGAAUGGCGGUGAUCACCCUGUCCCCUCCACCGGUAAUGCACCUUUAUGACUGUGCUUUGAUCCGCUCUGUAAUUGCAAAACAAGGGUGUUUGUGAAAAGUUACAAAACCUGUGAUCUAAUUUAAUAGGAUUAUCAUUUUUAUAAAGAAACCUUAAAGCAAAGUUUUGCGUUAUUGGGGUUGUUAAACUAAAGCGCGAACAUUGUUCCAAAGGCCACUGAAUUGUAUGAGUUUUGUUUUGAUCUCCAACCAGAGUUUUCAAAGCACUUGAUGAGUGAGACAAAGAAAUGAAUUGGUGCGUUAGAAUUGCAAUUUAUUUCAGCAUUUUCUUAUUUACAGAAACCAAACUUGAGGAUAGUGGACACAGGAUCGAACAAACUUCAACGGAAGAUAAAGCUUCACUUGAAAACAAUACGAUAAUGGACGAUCUUACUCCAGAACCUUUGGAAGUAAUUAACGAUCCCACGGCGAAUUUAUCACCGUGUGAUAUGGAGAUAUCAAGCCCUGAUUGAAGGAUAACACUAUUACGUUGCGGAUGAUGUGUUUGUUAUGUUAUGUUUAGUAACUCUUAGGAGAUGAUCGAUCGAUUACUGGCCGAGGGAAGAAGUCUAACUCAAGAAAAACUGCGACGCCUGUUUUUAACAGAAAAGAACAUAAUCAUCUGUUUUAAGAUUUCGUCCAUUUUGAUGUUAUGAGGCUUUCGUCAAAUGAGAUUCUCCCUGUUUAACGUUUUGUUCCAACAAGAGUUAGAGUUAGGGUCUGUUCUCAAACUGCAUCAUUUUUAAUCUCUGUACUGUAUGUUGUUUUCUUAGUUCCUAUUUGUUCUUUUACCUCAUUUGUAAUAUUAACUUUACGAACGUUAACGACGAAAAUUUAUCAAAGCGCAUGUCAGAAGUUACGACGCUGGUCAUUGAAACGUGGCUCCAUAAUUUGUGGGUCUUGGGGUGGGGUGACACUGGAUGCAUCAUCUGCGACAAAACAACAGAAGACGAUGAACGCAUGUUUUCAACA